CUGAGGUUAACUCGUCCUACAAUAGGCCACCUGUGUACGGACCAGAUCUUUGCUAAGCCGUUUUGAGCCAGAUAGGAGCCAGACUAUAACCAUUAUACGCGUCUACAACAUGAACAACGCCAGAAUUGCCAAAGACAUAGCGAGCCUCUUCAGAGCUCCACCGCCUGACAUCGUCUUACCCGCUGAGGGACCCGGGUCGUUGCUACACGAUAUAUCUGUCUAUGUGAGGGGCCCCGAGGAAACCCCAUACUAUGGUGGAUACUACAAGCUCACACUUAAGCUACCAGCGGAUUAUCCUCAAUCGGCACCACGUGCCACUUUCAUCACAAAGAUAUUCCACCCUAAUGUGAACUACUCUUCCGGAGACGUGUGCGUGGACACAUUGAAGAAGACCUGGUCCACAGAGAUCAGUAUCUGUGAUGUCCUAUCAAUUAUUCGGUGCUUAUUAAUCGAGCCAAACCCCGAAAGUGCGUUGAACGAGGACGCAGGAAAAUUGUUGCUUGAAGACUUUGAGUCGUUUGAAAAGACCGCUAGGUUGAUGAAUAAAGUACAUAGUUUGAAAGAAGUAGAGGGUAGCACAGAAAAGGGAGAUAAAGAGGCUGGCGGUGUGUUACGAGACUUGGGUGAUGGAUUAAACAUCAUUGGGGAGCCAGGGGUUAAAAAAGUGAAGCCUAAGAAGAAGCGCACUGGCUUGAAGAGGUUGUGAUGUACUUGUGUGUAGAUGUGCAGUUAAAUGUAUGCUGAAAGUCAUGUCUUAGGUGAUAUAGCAAAAUACAAUAAUCU